AUGUCUGAGCGUGUGAAAGCUGUACCAGGGCCAGUCUGUCCCAGUUCUGUUCACUUCAAUCAGAGGGGAUUUACUCAGUGUCUGAGCAUCAAGCUGCAAGAGAUCUCUCUGGCUAAUCUGACCCAUGAGCAUGACUCGCAGAUCAAGGAACAGGCCACCUACUGUAUGUGCAUCACAAGUCUAGUCAAGGUUCAGAUUGUGUCAAGAGAUAUUCGCAACCAUGUCAGCAGCAUCUGCAGCACUUGGGGAAGAGAGCACUUUAAGACAUUUGAUGGUGAUGUGUACCAGUUCCCUGGUAUGUGUGAAUACAACCUGGCCUCAGACUGCCAUGAGUCCUACCAGGAGUUCUCAGUACACAUGAAGAGGAAAGAGAAUGAUGGAAACCCUACAGUCAGUUAUGUGGUGGUCACCAUCAAUGACCAUUUAUUCCACCUCACUAAGAGCCAGGUCACUGUGAAUAGUCUUCCUAUCAAAAUGCCAUACUACAACGCAGGGGUCCAAGUGGAAAGAAAUGCUGUUUACAUCAAGCUCCAAUCUAAAGUCGGCCUCAUUGUCACGUGGAAUGGUGAUGAUGCAGUCAUGGUGGAACUGGAUCCUGAUUAUGCUAAUCGAACUUGUGGACUUUGUGGAGACUUCAAUGGUGUUUCUGUCUACAAUGAGUUCAUUCAUAAUGGUCGCAAAAUGAGCCCCAUUGAGUUUGGCAACAAUCAGAAAGUCCAUCGUCCAAACGACAAUUGCGAGGACCCUUUUGAAGAGGAAGAUGAAUCACUGGAGGCUGUUACUGUGCCGGAUUCAUGCAAGGAGUUUCAAACCACCUGUGAACGAAUGCUUCGUUCAGAGUCCUGGAGCUCCUGCACCAAACUGAUUAACCCUGAACCUUACAUCCAGGCCUGUGUGCAGGACAUGUGUGGCUGCAACAACAGAACAAAUGACUUCUGUGUCUGCAGCACGCUUUCGGAGUUGUCUCGACAGUGUUCCCACGCAGGAGGGCAGCCUCCCAACUGGAGGACACCUCAGUUCUGUGCUAAACAGUGCCCAUUCAACAUGGUUUAUGAAGAGAGUGGUUCCCCUUGUAUAGACACAUGCACACAUCUGGACACAAGUUCACUGUGUGAAGGCCACAAAAUGGAUGGCUGCUUCUGUCCUCCUGGAACUGUGUUUGAUGAUAUUUCCUUGAGAGGGUGCAUUGCUCAAUCUGAAUGUCAGUGCAAGCACGACAAAAUCUAUAACCCUGGUGAAGUUUAUCGACAGGACAGAGAGGAAUGCACAUGUUUUGAGGGUAGAUGGGCUUGUGAGAGCCUUCAGACUCCUGCUACAUGUGCAGUGGAAGAGGGUUCACAUGUAACUACAUUUGAUGGGAAAACUUACACCUUUCAUGGAGACUGUUUCUACACCCUAGCCAAGACUAAUUCAAGUCCAAAGUUCACCAUCCUGGUUCAGUUGGUGCCAUGUAGACAUCUAGAGUCUGACACUUGUCUUAAGACCCUUAAAAUCCUGCUGAACAAUGACAAAAACAACGUGUUGACGUUCACUUCCGAUGGUACAGUAAAGCAGAAUAUGCAGACUAUCACUUUGCCACACCACUCAGGUGACAUCAACAUAUUCCAUGCUUCAUCCUUUCACAUCUUGCUCCAGACCAGCUUUGGGUUGCAAAUUCAGAUCCAGCAUGUGCCUGUCAUGCAAGUCUAUGUCAGCCUGGAACAGAGCUACAGAGCAAAGACACGUGGUUUAUGCGGGAAUUACAACAUGGUCCUGUCUGAUGACAUGAAGACUCCACAGGGGAUCGUGGAGGGAACAGCAGCAACUUUUAGUAACUCCUGGAAGGCUAACUUCAUGUGCCGAGACAGAGAGGAAAGACUUGAUGACCCCUGUGCCUUCAGUGUGGAAAAUGAGAAUUACGCCAAACACUGGUGCACCUUGCUACUAAGUCCAAACAGUACCUUUGCACAGUGCCAUUCAGUGACGGAUCCUGAGAUGUACUACAAGCGAUGUACUUAUGCUAGCUGUAACUGUGAGAAGAGUGAGGCCUGCCUCUGUGCUGUCUUCUCCUCCUAUGCCAGAGCUUGUGCAUCAAAGGGAGUGUUCCUGACAGACUGGAGACAGAAUGUUUGCGAUAAAUACACAAGGAGCUGUCCAGCAUCUCAGACCUUCUCUUACAAGAAUCAGAGAUGCCAGCUGACUUGCAGAUCGUUGGGCGCAAAGCAGAAAAGCUGCACUUCUGACUUCUUGCCUGUGGAUGGCUGCUCCUGCUCAGAGGGUCUCUACCUAAAUGAAAACGGUUUGUGCGUCCCCAUGGCAAAAUGCUCCUGCUACCAUAAUGAAGUCUACAUCCAGGCAGGAAAGUCCAUCAGCAUGAAAGACGAGCACUGGACUCCACAGAGUGUGAAUCUGGCUGUCAGUGUCCAGGUGGCCUUAUUGAUGAUGGCAAAGGCUCCUCGAAUGGAAGUCAAACUAUCAAAGGGUCACUAUAAGGAAGAGGACCUUGGAGAUGGCCCUCAGAUUCAGUACAAAAUAAGGAGGGUUGGGUUGUAUCUGGUUAUAGAAUCUGCCAUUGGUCUGACAGUGAUGUGGGAUCGCAAAACAACUGUUCGCGUCCUCCUAGAACCACGGCACAGCGGAGAGGUAUGUGGCCUGUGUGGAGAUUUUGACGGUGAUGGACAGAAUGACUUCACCACCCAGGCUGUCUUUUGUGACUACUACAACAGCCCAGGUGAAUGCAAAUGGCACUACAACCCUUGCCACACACCUUGCUACAAGACCUGCUUGAAUCCACAAGGAAUUUGUAGCAACCCUUUACCCCACCUGGAAGUGCCAACUACAACCACAAAAGGUCCAACUGAGCCUCCAUCUACAACACCAACUACAGAAUGCUUCUGUAUAGUUAAUGGCAAGCAUUAUAGUCCAGGGGAUGUAAUAUUUGACAUGGAACACAUUGGAUCAGGUGUAUGUCUCACAAUGACAUGUUCUGCUAUUUGUGAGAUUCACAACAAGACUGAAAUUUGCACGACUACGGCUAUGCCUUCAACCACUCCUUCAACCACUCCUUCUGUACCUACCUGCCCUGAAUGGGAUGUAGGACAAAAUGAUACUUUUUAUCUGUGCAACUGCACCAUGGCCAGAUGCAUUGAGAACAAUACAAUUGAAAUAAUUCCAUAUGAAUGUCCACCUAUUGAGAACAUCACUUGUGCCAAUGGAAAGAAACCAGUUCUUGUGUAUGAUGAGUACUUCUGCUGCCGACAUUACGCUUGUGACUGUGUAUGUGAAGGCUGGGGAGAUCCUCAUUACAACACAUUUGAUGGACUUUAUUACAGUUAUCAAGGAAAUUGUACUUAUGUCUUGAUGGAAGAGAUUUUUCCAAAACACAACUUGAAGAUUUAUAUUGACAAUGUCUUUUGUGAUCCCACUGAAGAUGUUUCUUGUCCGAGAUCGAUAAUUAUAUCAUACAAUGGACAUGUUUUCACGCUCAUAAAUCAUAACCUUGUUGGAGCAGCACGGUUAGAGGCACUCAAAGAUGGAGCAUCUCUGAAGCUACCUUAUUUACCCACACAAACAGGUGUUAAGAUCUUGAAUUCUGGCAUUAACUUGAUUUUGGAGAUCCCUCGUCUAAAUGUGGUCAUUACAUUUGGAAUCACUGGCUUUAGUGUCAAUCUUCCAUUUAAAAACUUUGGCAAAAACACACAGGGUCAUUGUGGAACAUGCAAUAACAACCAGGCUGAUGACUGCAUGUUGCCUGGAGGCCAGCUAGUGGAAAGUUGUGCCGUAAUGGCCGACUAUUGGCUUACCAAGGACAUAUCUCAACCUAACUGCCAGAUACCAUCUGUACUGCCCACCAGUAAACCUGAACCUCUACCAACGCCUUGCAAGCCAGACUCCAUGUGUGAUCUGCUGAAGAGCAGUGUCUUUGCAGAAUGCCAUCCCUUUGUCUCACCUGACAAUUUCCACCGAGGUUGUGUUUUUGAUAGCUGCCAUGUUUCCAACCCAGUAGUGGAGUGCACAAGUUUGCAGACUUAUGCUGCUGCCUGUGCUCAGGCAGGGGUUUGCAUUCACUGGAGGAAUCAUACAAAACUGUGUGCAAUUGCCUGCCCAUCAAACAAAGUGUACAAGCCAUGUGGUCCUGCAGAACAGCCAACCUGUGAAGACAACCCUAAUGAACUAACCAUGAACUUCACCACUGAGGGCUGCUUUUGUCCUGAGGGAAUGAAACUCUUCAACAAAGAGUCUGGCCUAUGUGUUAAUAAGUGUGGAUGUCUUGAUCCUGAGGGUAUUCCGCGUGAGUUUAAUGAGAGGUUUGAGUACAAAUGCCAAAACUGCAUCUGCAACGAGUCCUCCAAGACUGUGUCUUGUAAGCCUAAGGUGUGCCCAACACCCCCUCUAACAAACUGCACUGGUCCAGGGUUUGUCCUUGUCAAACAACCAGAUCCCUCAGACCCCUGCUGUUCUGCUGAUGUUUGCCAAUGUCACAGCAGCACUUGCCCAGUCACCAGCAUGAACUGUCCAGUUGGAUACACGUCAGUUGUCAGUGUUCCUGAAGGAAAAUGCUGUCAAGAACAUAUUUGUGAGCCUAAAAGAGUUUGUGUCCACAAAGGAAGUGAAUACCAGCCUGGUACUUUGGUUCCUGCAAUAGAAUGUCAGAAGUGUCUCUGUACCAAUGAAGUGGACCCCAGUACUCAUCUAUUCAAGAUAACUUGUGAGUUCCAGCAUUGUCAAGAAAACUGUGAAAUGGGAUAUGAAUAUGUGGAAACUGAUUCAGAUAAAUGCUGUGGAAAGUGUGUACAGACACAGUGUGUCGUCAGUGUCAAUAGCACCAAGCAACUCUUGAUGCCAGGACAAACCUGGUCACCACCUGAGAAUAAGUGCGAGUACUACACCUGUGUGAAGAGUGGUGAAACUUUAACAACGAUAAGUUCACACAUUGUCUGCCCACCAUUCAAAGAAAGCAACUGCCAACCUGACACAAUUCAGACUGCAGCAAAUGGCUGUUGUAAAAUUUGUGUGGAGCGGGAGAAGGCCUGCAAAUUAGAAUCCAUGAAAACCCAGAUUAUGCUCAGGGAUUGUCAGUCAUACCAGGAGGUGGAUAUGCCCUAUUGUGAAGGAUCCUGCAACACUUUUGCCAAGUACUCUGAAAAAGCAGCAGCUCUGCAUUAUUCUUGCUCCUGCUGUAAGGAGACACGCUUCAGCAAUCGCACCAUUGACUUGCACUGCCUGAAUGGAGAUGUGGUUCCCUACACAUACAUCCAUGUAGAGGAGUGUAGCUGUAGCCCCACAGACUGCAACACAGCUGCUGGACAACCUGCUCGCAGGAGGCGAUCAUCACAUUAG